AUGGAGAUCAUGAGCUUGAAGCCAUCCUUCGCUAGGAAGCUAAACCACCGAGGCUUGAGCCCCAUGCACAUUGCGGUCGAAAAGGGGCAACAAGAGAUGGCACUGCGUCUCCUGGAAGUUGAGAAAGAUGUUGUUCGUGUCAGAGGAAAGAAUGGCGAGACCGUUUUCACUACCUUUGCUGGACGUCCUAAAAGUCCUACUUCGAUCGCUUCGAAAGAAGGACUAUUAUCAGGAAGUGAUGAACAGACAGGACGAAGACGGAACACUGCACUCCACGUAGCUGCUACCAAGAAUCAACCUCAGGAUAACGUGAAUAGCUUGAAAUACAAGUGGGGCAAACGAAUUGUUAAGUAUGAUACAAAAGCCUCAUCGGUUAUUUUUCACGAUAUGGAUAAUAUAUCAGGCGAUGACCGUAAUGCGUUACUGGUAAUCUUAGGACUGCUUCUAACUGCAACCUUCCAAUCCGCUUUUAGCCCGCCUGGUGGUCUUUAUCAGGGCGAACUAGAUGCUUCGCUUCAAGGGACAUCCAUGAUGAACAGAUAUAGUUUUCUUUAUUUCUAUAUUCCAGCCUAUAUUGUCUUCAUCGUAACCUUUUUCUUAAUUCUGGGCCUGCUUGAACCAUAUCCCCAAGGUUAA